CUCAGACAGCUACAAUUUCUGAUGAUCAAAUUAAUACAAGACAAAAAUUUAAAAGAAUUAUAAGCAAAGAUAGUGCAGACUUAAAAACAAACAAUUCCAGGAAAAGGAAAAGUGAAAGUAUCCCUGCUGAUAGUGCAUCAAACUCUAAAAAGGACAAGAUUCAGAACAUUGCUGUUUCUGAUGUUGGUAAUGUAAAGUCUACACGAUCUUCUAGAUUGACCAGAAGUAGGUCAGAAAAACAAGUUUCUGAAAAUGGAGAUACUUUAUCUGUGAAUAAACAAUCAGAAAAUUCAAUAUCUGACAAAGAAAGUGCAAGUUUGUUGUCUUCAUCUGAAGUUCAGAGCAUGAUCAAAAAUUGUAAUGUUUCUUUAGAUACGACAACUGUUGGAAAGUAUGUCUCACCUUCACCUAAUAAUAGAAAAUCAAAAAGCAAAAAGACACUGAAUAAUAGUACUAGUGAAUUAUCUAAUCAAGAAAAUUCUUUAACAGUGAGUGAUACAUGUGUGGUUAAAGGCAGUACAUCUGCAAAAGAAACUCUUAAUGAGCCCCACACAAGGUCUAGAUCAAAAAGAAACGUCCCUCCAAGUCCUGUGUCAUCAACAUUCAACAAAAGGAAAAAAGAUGAAUCACCUGUCAUACCUUCUGAGCAAAGUAGAAACAGUCAACGCAUAGUAAAAAAUAGCACUGCUUCCAAAAAAGCAUCCACAAAGGUUGAAAAUGUGCAAAAUAAAAAUGUGAAAGAAGAAAAUGUAUCUGAAAAAUUGAGUACAACUGGAAAAAGAGUUACAAGUCCAGUAGUGAAUGGAAACAGAAGUUUGCAACAACCUGCCAGUUCAGUGACAAGAAGUAAAACACAAAUUCCCAAAGAAUCUUUGAGGGUCACUAGACGAAGCGAGGUAAAAACAAGUGCAAAACGAAGAUGAUUUUAAGCGAAAACUUCUUUAGAGACAAUUGUUACUCUGUAAUGGUGGAAUUGAACUUCACUUGUGUCAUUAGAAAUGUCAUUAUCUUCAAAAACUGUUCAUUUUACUUCAAAAAUGAGAA